AUGGUUUUCCUCAUUCAGACAGGAGUAGGAUUCGUGGGAAACUUCUCCCUCCUUGGUCUCUAUAAUUUCACCUUGCUCACUGGACGUCACUUUAGACCCACAGACUUGAUUCUCAAUCAAGUGGUACUGGCCAAUUCCAUUGUUCUUUUGGCUAAAGGAGUCCCCCAGACUCUGGCAGCUCUGGGAUGGAAACGUUUCCUGGAUGACACGAGAUGUAAACUUGUCUUCUAUUUUUAUAGAGUGAGCACUGGUGUCUCCUUCAGCACUUGGUGCCUGUUCAAUGGCUUCCAGGCCCUAAAGCUAAACCCCAGAAUUUGCAGGUGGAUCACGCUCAAGAUGAGAUCACUACGAUCUAUUGGCUUCUGCUGUCUCCUCUGCUGGGCCCUGCAUCUCGUGAUAAAUUCGUUUCUGCCUUUAAUAGUGAAUGGCCCAUUGAAUAAGAAAAAUCUCAGUGUGGAUGGGAAUCAUGGGUACUGUUUCUGGGUAGUGCCAGAGAGACACAGCACCUUAUACACUGUCCUGUACUUCUCCCCCGACUUGUUGAGUCUGGUCCUCAUGGCCUGGGCCAGCGGCUCCAUGGUCCUUGUCCUGCACAGACACAGGCAGCAGGUUCAGCACAUCCACAGCCGCGUCCUCUACCCCCCACCUUCUCACGAGGCCAGAGCCAUACGCACCAUCCUGAUCCUGGUGAGCUCCUUCGUGGCCUUUUAUUCCGUCUACACUGUUUUGACCAUUUGGAUGACUCUUGCCCCCAGGAGAGGCCAGUGGGUCAUGAACAGCUCUGUGCUGGUGUCCUCAUGUGUCCCAGCACUCAGCCCCUUUGUGCUCAUCAUCAGUGACACCCGCGUCUCUCAGGUCCUCUCUUACUGCAGAGCAAGGACACGUGGUGUCUCCUAA